AUGGCAGACAGCAAGAUGAUGAACGAGGAAGCGUCCGAGUUUGGCCUUAGCGAGCGCGACGACGACGAAAGCAGCAGCACGCGCGUUGACGUCGACAAGAUGCUGGAGGCGCCGUCGAUGGCCUUCGCAGCGCCCUCUGACGCGCUCUCGCUCAGCGCCUUGGCGCAGCAGACCACCGAGAUCUUGACAGAUGCCUCGUUCGCGCCGGCCGUUUACGCCACACACCCCGACUUUACAAAGCUCACGCCGCUCACUGGAUCUGCGCCGUUGCCGGAAGACCUUGAGGCCGCCAAGACGUGGCUGCGCGACUGCCCCGUCGCCGCCAAGGAGUGGGUCAUCUUCGAAGGUCGGCUGCGCCCGGAUGUGGCCAUGGCGGCUAUCCAUGAGCUUCUUGCCACCAUUGUACUCACGGACGGCUUCAAGGUGAGCGACGCUGAUGCGACCAUGGCCCGCGGGACCCAGCUCUUUACAAAUGUCGUUGUCGAGCCGACGACGUCCACGUUGCAGAUGUCGGCGAACGCGCUCUUUCCGGCCAAGACGGAGCAUGUCUUCACGUGUCUUGGCGUGUCCGAGUCCAAGCUUCGCGUGCUGCGUAUGUACGUGGGCGUCUCGGGCGGCGCGCCGACGUUGAGCACCGCGUCCGAUCCUGCGCUGCACGCCCGCGCCGACGCGCUCUUCAACCGUCUCCGCGCCGCGCUCGUCGAAGUGGGGUAUGCGCUGGCCAUGCUCUCGACGCCGGCCUUUUGCGACGCAGACGAUACCAGCGACGACUUGAUCGCACUGGACCCGGACUACGUCGCCAACGUCCGGCGCGCCUUUGACACCGAGAUGAAGGCGAGCUUGCGGGAGCUGGCGUUGCCGCUUGAAGAGUACGCGCACACUGAAGAGCUCGCUGUCGCGCACGUUCUGAGUCUUCUCGAGCCGCUCUUUACAAAGUACAGCCUCCCAAAGCCUCGGCGUGAGAGUGCAACGGCAUCCACGUCACGGCGCCAGCUCGAUCUCGCCGACACGUCGCCCGACGCCGAAGAAGCCAAGGAGGCCUCGUUAAUUAGUACGCUCUCGCGCGGAGAGCAGGUCGCACGGCUUGUGCACGAUCUCUGGGAGAGCAUGGCGACCCGGAACCGCCUUGGUAUCCAAGCCAAGCUUGCAGAGAAGCAAGCGCAAGUCACGCACCGCGCAACGCUCGCGAAAGAACUGGCGGCGACUGCGAUUGCCAGCGUCGUCCAGAGUGCUACGGCCCAAGACGCCCAUUCGCUGCAGACUGCGCUCGGGUCGAGCGAGUACGGCGACGGCGUCGUCUUGUUUGAAGGCGCGUGCAUGGUCGGGAAGAUCCCGUCCAAGCUCUUGAUCACUUAUGAGCGCAUCGUCUGCAAAUGCGGCAUGUUUAUGUUUGCCUCCACGAAGGACCUUCCUUUCGAGACGAUCCUCAAGGUUGAGAAGCCCGUCGUGCUCGGGCUCAGCGUCAUCUCGCUUGCGCUGGUCAGUGGCGACGUCGUCAAGCUCACGCUGCCGUCGGACGUCGACCGCGUCUAUGAGCUGCUCGCGCAAGUCUGGCGCAUGCACCAGGAGCCACCUGCCGCGCCGUCGACAGCGUCAUAA